AUGAGUAAAUGGAGCGAAAAACAAGCCAAGAAGGCUGAGUUCGCAUUGAACAAAGCCCUCGAUGAGGGUUAUGGUAAGGUGGAUUUCGAUGCGAAUGCGAAUAACGAUGCCCGAGAUGCUGCGAUGGGCAAGGGUGAUGAGGAGCUUUUCGAAAAGAAAUUGUCCAAAGAAGAGAAGAAGAAAUUGGCUGCUGAAAAGCGGGCUGCAAAGAAGGCCGCCAAAGCACAGAAAGAUGCUGCUCAAGGCAAGCUCCCUAAGGGUAAGGAGAAAAAUGACACGGGAGAGGAAGAACCUGUUGAAGAAAAAAUAAGUGCUCUCGAUCUAGCAAAGGAUGCUUUGGAUGUCAAUGCGUCGGAAGAGCAGAAGCGAGAGGCUGACCUAGAGAAGCUUUCCCAAGAUCAGAUUGUUGUGACUUAUGAAAGCAAGAAGGGUAAUCUUCACGCAAAUACACGUGAUAUCAAUGUGGGUGGAGUGACCGUCACAUUUCACGGAAAACCACUCAUCGAGGAAACUGAAAUUGUUAUCAACUACGGUAACAGAUAUGGUUUCAUUGGCCCCAACGGAAGUGGAAAGUCGACAAUUAUGAAAGCAAUUGCCGCUCGUGCCAUUCCGAUCCCAGAUGCGCUGGAUAUCUACUUUCUUGAUUCCGAAUACCCUGCGACGGACAAGACAGCUCUUGAAGCUGUCAUGGAAAGCAACGACGAGAUUGCCAGAUUGGAAAAGCGUGCGGAACAACUUAAUGAUGCCAUGGCGGAAGUUGACGAGGAUACACAAGCUGAGAUCCAACAUACCUUGGAAUUUAUUUACGAGCGUUUGGAUGCUCUUGAUGCAAGUGCUGCUGAGGCCAGAGCUACUUCGAUCUUGCACGGUCUGGGUUUCACUACCGCCAUGCAGAGUAUGAAAACACGAGAAUUUUCUGGUGGAUGGAGAAUGCGUGUAGCUCUUGCCAGAGCUUUGUUUCUGCCAACCGUGGAGUGUCUUGUUUUGGACGAGCCGACUAACCACUUGGAUAUGGAUGCCGUUUUGUGGUUGGAAGAAUACUUGUCCAAAUGGGAUAGAAUCUUGUUCUUCGUUUGUCACUCUCAGGAUUUCCUGAACAAUGUGUGCACUCAUAUUGUUCGCCUAGAUAUGACUUACAAGAAACUUCGAUACUACGCGGGUAAUUACGAUACCUAUGUUCAAACUCGUCGUGAUCAGGAUAUGGUACAAAUGCGUGCUUAUGAGGCUGAACAGCGCGACAUCAAUGAAAUCAAGGACUUCAUUGCCCGUUUCGGUCACGGUACCGUGAAGAUGGUGCGACAAGCCCAGUCGCGCGAGAAGUUGUUGCAAAAGAAGCUCGAAGCUGGACUAACCCAGAAGCCAGAAGAAGACCCAACUUAUGAUUGGACGUUCCCAGAUGCUGGACAGCUACCUGUUCCUGUCUUAUCCGUCGAAAACAUUAGUUUCGCAUAUCCAGGUGGCAAGGAGCUCUACACGCAGGUCGACUUCGGUGUUGAUUUACAGACUCGAGUUGCGCUCGUCGGCCCUAACGGAGCCGGUAAAACAACGCUAAUCAAGUUGAUGACUGGGGAGCUCCUUCCUACCAAGGGACAAAUUAAGAGGAAUAUGCAUCUUAAGAUUUCUCGAUUCACUCAGCACUUUGAGGAUAAGCUUGACUUGUCAAUGACCCCUCUUGAUUUCUUCAAGCAAAAGUUGAUGCCAAAAGAGACCAUUGAAAAGAUCAGAUCUUUGCUUGGACGAUUUGGAUGCUCUGGAGCCCAACAAAGCCAGGUGAUGGACCAGCUUUCUGCUGGCCAAAAGGCUAGAAUAGUGUUUGCCAUCAUUGCAUACGAAACGCCUCACUUGGUGAUGCUUGAUGAACCAACAAACCCUCUUGACAUGGAGUCUAUUGAUGCUUUGGCGAGAUGUGUGAAUUCAUUCAAGGGUGGUGUCAUUAUGAUUUCUCACGACAUGCGUCUGAUUAGCCAGUGCGCUGAGCAAAUCUACGUCUGCGACCAAAAGAAGAUCACAAGAUACGAAGGGGAUAUCAUGAAGUUCAAGCUCCACUCACAAAAGGAGAACAAAAAGAAGUUGGCACAACAUAUGAACGGAUAA